AGUAGCAGCUGAUGUCCUAUGGAUAACUUUCAGUACCGAAAAACACAGAUGUUUAUUCCGUAUACAAAGAAAGUAGUAUAAACUGCUUCCGUAUACGUUACAUACACGUAAAAUUUAUAAAUUGAUUAGAAUAUGACAACAUGUGGCAUUUUGUGCAAGAGUGAUUUGGUUUUCGAAUCAUGGCCGUGCUAGUGUUCAGUUAUGUGAGUGUCUAGCGUUAUAGAGUGCCACAGAUCGCAGAUUAUUUUAUUCAUGUGAAGAGUUUGCAAUUUACUACAGAGAGCGUACGCAAGAAUGAAUAUAAUUUGGGUGUCGAGUUUUCUACAUACAUUUUUGGAUUGUCUUUUUUUCUGGUAAAGUAGAAAGGAGUUGAAGGAUUGAAGUAUAAAUGGAGGCAGAUGUUGAAGACUAGCCUUGACAGUUUAUAAGACAGAUAACCGCGGUUAGCCUCAAUCAAAACCACGCUCAGAUCCCUGUAGGUAGACUGCAAAUAUAUCUCGGUAAUUACAAUUGUUGACUCGUAACCGAAUUUUCGAAGUGAGCACACGCGUUUUUUUAACAAUCGACAUCGGUAAGACGAAGGUGCCUAUCACAGCAGAGGCUGUAGUAUAGGCAUUAAAUAAAAGUGAUAAAAGUAGCAUCCCCGCAAGUGAGUUCUGUCUGUGCACCGGUUUUGUAUCGGUAUCGACAGUAGACGCUAUUGUGCUAUCCUCGGGCAGCAGUUAUUUCUAUUGUUUGCUACCCGCAUCGCAGCAGCCAAAUCCUGAGUCAAGGUCACGCUGAAGCACAACGAAGGAGUGAAGGAGCAACUCACCUAACAGCUUACCGUGACAUACUAUCUCGAAUGCAGUUUUCUCUGUCUUGCACAUUUCGUCGGAUAUCUCGAUUAGAUCAACUAAAUUUGAAGCCCGCCUUUUCAAUUCAUUUUCGUUUUCCUCAUUCUUUUUCUAAAUAAACGAAAUAAACCGACUACAGCGCAACAAGAAACGUCAUUGAGUGUAUUUUUAAAAUAAUGUUUUCGAAAUUUUAUUCUUUCUCAAACAAUUUAUAACAGAAAAGCAUAAAAUUAUUUGAAUCGUAACAUGACUACGGUAUCCAGUAGAUAUUCACCAACAACAAAACUAUACAUUAACGUUAGCAUCUUAUCGAUCGCGUUGAAUGCAACAUAUUUUGCAUUUCUAAUUCAGUCGAACAAACUAUACGACAUCGGUAAAUGUUGGUCUUCAUACGUGAUCCUACUGUUGCCGGUGAUCGAGCUACUCAAGCAUUACUACGUUGGAAAAGUUUUACAGUUGGCAGGCUGGAACAUCGUAUUUGACCUGCAAUCAAAUGCAUCAACAUCACAGAAGUCCGGAAGUAAACAUCAAUCGAAAAAAUUAUCGCCAUUUUCAGGAGUUGGUGGUCUCUUGUUCAUCCUAAUUCUGUCCAUGCUCUUUUAUGGCUUUAUUUGUCUCAUUCUGGGAGCUCCACUCGAUCAAUACGAAGAAACUACUUCCCUGGCGGCUGCUUUAACUACUUUAACUAUCCUUCCCAUAACGUUAUUUAUUGGCCACUCAGGCACAAUACGUUUGUUGUUUUCAGAAGCAUUCGAAUUACGAUCUCCCAUUGCUAAUUCGUAUUUGACAUUACUCAAAAACAAUUGCAUCGGAGUAAUUUUGGGUGCAUGGGGUGCUUCGGUGGUUGCUCCAUUGGACUGGGAUCGUCCUUGGCAAGUGUACCCGGUUCCAAAUGUAGUUGGUGCGAUAGGAGGCUCUUUUGGUAUGAAUGUUUUUACACUACUCAGCACAUUGUACUUUAUACUUUGCAAAAGUAAUCACAGAAAAGGAAUUGUAUAAAUUUUUCGUGAUUUACCAAUAAACAGUAUACCUUUCGGUCUAGUCAAAAUGUCUGUUUUAUUAUUACACACUAAUAUUUUCGUAUAUUUAGUGAAUGUUUCUGUGAAUGUUUUUACACUACUCAGCACAUUGUACUUUAUACUUUGCAAAAGUAAUCACAGAAAAGGAAUUGUAUAAAUUUUUCGUGAUUUACCAAUAAACAGUAUACCUUUCGGUCUAGUCAAAA